AUGAUAAUUGUUGAAGCAGAACCAAUCAAUUUGGAUCAAACCAUGAAUAAUUUGAAUUGGUUAGCAGCCAUGAAAGAAGAACUCAAGGCAAUCGAGAAGAACAAGACAUGUGAGCUUGUCGAAAAGUUAAUCAAGAAGUCAAUUGAUGUGAAGUGGCUUUACAAGCUGAAACGAAGGCCAAACUGUGAAAUUGCCAAGCAUAAGGCAAUACUAGUGGCAACGGGUUUUUUGCAAACACCAGGUCUUGAUUUCGACGAAGUGUAUGUACCUGUUGCAAGACCGGAGACAAUAAAAAUUAUUGUGUCGACAACAGCAUACAGAGGGUGA